AUGGGGAAGCUGCAGGUUGGACUGGUGUACAUGUUCAACCUCAUCGUGGGCACCGGCGCGCUCACCAUGCCCAAGGCCUUCGCCUCUGCUGGGUGGCUUGUCAGCCUGUUCCUGCUGGUGUUCCUGGGCUUCAUGAGCUUUGUGACGACGACCUUUGUGGUGGAGGCCAUGGCCGCGGCCAACGCGCAGCUCCGCUGGAAGAGGAUGGAGAAGCACCAGGAAGACGACGACGACAACUCCUCUGCCGCCUCCGACAGCGACAGUCUGGUCCAGGACAGCUACGAGCGGGCAGAGCAACGGCCCAUCCUGUCUGUGCAGAGACGCAGCUCUCCGAACCUUUUUGAAAUCACAGACCGCGUGGAAAUGGGACAGAUGGCCUCCAUGUUCUUCAGUAAAGUGGGGGUCAACCUGUUCUAUUUCUGCAUCAUCAUCUACCUGUACGGGGACCUGGCCAUCUACGCUGCCGCCGUGCCCUUCUCCCUCAUGCAGGUGUCCUGCAGCGCCACCGGCAACGACUCCUGCGGUGUGGAGGCCGACACCAAGCACAACGACACGGACCUGUGCUGGGGGCCCCUGCGCCGAGGGGACGUCUACCGCGUCUACUUGGCUGUCUUCACUCUCCUCCUGGGACCCUUCACCUUCUUCGACGUCCAGAAGACCAAGUACCUGCAGAUCCUGACCUCCCUGAUGCGAUGGAUCGCUUUCGCCAUCAUGAUCGUGCUGGCCCUGGUCCGCAUCGGGCGUGGGCGCGGGGAGGGGCACCCACCCCUGGCCGACCUCUCGGGGGUCCGGAACCUGUUCGGGGUGUGCGUGUACUCCUUCAUGUGCCAGCACUCCCUGCCGUCCCUCCUCACGCCCGUCUCCUCCAAGCGCCACCUCACACGCCUCGUCCUCCUGGACUACGUGCUGAUCCUGGCCUUCUACGGUCUCCUCUCCUUCACCGCCAUCUUCUCCUUCCGCGGCGACAGCCUCCUGGACAUGUACACCCUCAACUUCGCGAGCUGCGACGUCGUGAGCGUGGCCGCGGUGCGCUUCUUCCUGGGCCUCUUCCCCGGCUUCCCCAGCACGUACCCCUGGGUGGUGGACCGCGUGGUGUUCCCCACCAUCACCCUGCUGCCCCCGGUGCUGGUGGCUUUCUGCACCCACGACCUGGAGUCCCUGGUGGGCAUCACGGGGGCCUAUGCAGGCACGGGCAUCCAGUACGUGAUCCCCGCCUUCCUGGUGUACCUCUGCCGCAAGGACACCCAGCAGGCCCUCGGCCCCCGGGCCGCCAACAAGCACAGGUCCCCGUUCCACCACACCUUCUGGGUGGGCUUCGUGCUGCUCUGGGCUUUCUCCUGCUUCUUCUUCGUCACCGCCAACAUCAUCCUCAGCGAGACCAAGAUCUGAUGGCGGGCAUGUCUGCUGACGAGAAGGGUGGGGCCCCGCCGCGUCCCCCACCUGCAGAGACCGUGUCCAGUUGCCUCCCAGGUCUCCCUCCACAGGGUGGGUGAGGCCAGGCUCUGGGAGGGGACCCUGCACAUCUAGCUGGGAUGUCCCCACCCCGGCUUCCUUCCGCCCAGCCUGCACCUCGCCACACAAGGCUCUCCCAGACUCCAGGACCGGCUCCCGGAGUCACCCCCUGCUUUACACACACUCCCCAUCACCCCGCCACGGGCGGGCUCCUCUCCCUGCUCCGUGGAGACGCAGCGCUGGCACUGCCACUAUUUAUACUAGUCUCCCUGUCCCCUACUCCCAGCCCUCCGCCUCCUGGUCUGGGAAAUCCACUUCAUAGACGCUGCCCCUCAGGAUGAACCCCGGGCCCCAGCCCCCCUCCCUGCUGGCCCGCCCUGAUGACAUGAACAGGAGGUGCUGGUGGGCACCAGGUUCCCCAGACCAGGACUGUGAGGCCCCUGCUGUGGGCGCCAGCUCCUGCUCGGGGCUCCUGAGCCACCACAGCACAGAGCAGCCCUCCCACAGGCGCAGCAGCGCGUACAGGUUGAGCCCAGAGCUGUGACCCCUGGAAGGGUCCUCUGCUCUCUGACUGCCCUGCUGGGGUGCUUGGGGCCUCCUGCAGGGCAGGGGGCAGUGUGUAAGGGCCAGUAACGGGGAGCUAGCCCCACCACCACAGCUGCGACUUGGGGGCACCACGGCAUGUAGCAGUGUGUGGCCUCUGUGGUCCACCCUGUAGGCAGCCAGGCCUGCCCUGCCCCUGCCCCUGCUCCGCCACUGACAGUGCCAAGCUGUGGGUGCUCAGUGCUCACACACUGCAUGUCCCUUGGGCGCCAUGGGGUGAGUUGGAGCACAGACCACCGUUCCCAUGGAGGGAGGGCCGGGUUCCCACCCACCUCCCCGCUGGCAUGCAUGCACCUCCUGGCAGCCUUCCCAGAGCAGGUGACUGAUGAACUCUGCAUUUCAAUGUGCCUUCUGCUUCAGGCCUGGGCUCCUUCUGACCUUCCUGCUGCCCCCACCCUGGGCCUGCCCCCACCUGUCCCGGAGCCCAGCACUGGGCCAGGAGCUGCCUCUGAGCGGGGCGCUCAGGCCCCUGCCCCUUUCUCUCGAUUUCAGUGCCUUGCUCAGCCCUCACGAGGGAACUUCCGCUGCCUCCCCCGCAUCGCACCAGCUUUGUUUCGUGGGCAGAGUGGCGACACUGGGUGUCCUGGGGCCCGUGGUGGUCUCGGGGUAAAAGGACACGGAGUCCACUGGCAGCACUAGCCCCCACCUUUGGCCCAGCCUGUGAGAACCCUGUGACCCACUUUCUCACUGUGGUCCCACGUCUUCCGUUCUCAUCUUGUCCCCGUGUGUCAUCGUUUCCCGUUCACCUCCAUCUGCCAGCGUGGCUUCUUUCCAGGAUGCCCGGCCUGAGGUGGGCAGAGCAGGGAGAGCCUUGAGGUUGACCCGCCCGGUGGUGCCGGGCCUCCCUGGAGCUGCCCCGCUGCUGACAACUCAAUUAAAACAUCUGUACUUACCUUCUC